AUGAAGACUACAUCGUUUCUUUUCUCCUUGCUGCUCAUUGCCCUUGCUGUGAAGCCUUUUCCUGUGGCUGCUGAAGCUUCUCCUGACCCAGUACUUGACACUGAGGGAAAGCAGCUCCGGUCCGGAGUUGAUUACUACAUCCUGCCAGUUAUCCAUGGGAGAGGCGGUGGUCUCACCCUGGCAAGCACUGGGAACGAGAACUACCCACUUGAUGUUGUCCAGGAACAACAUGAAGUAUCAAACGGUCUCCCAUUGACAUUUACGCCGGUGAACCCCAAGAAAGGCAUGAUUCGUGUGUCCACUGAUCAUAACAUCAAGUUCUCUGCUUCCACAAUCUGUGUACAAUCCACUUUGUGGAAGCUUGAGUAUGAUGAAUCGUCCAGACAACGGUUUGUCACAACUGGUGGGGUGGAAGGCAAUCCAGGUCGUGAAACUCUAGAUAAUUGGUUCAAGAUUGAGAAAUAUGAAGAUGACUACAAGCUGGUCUUUUGUCCAACAGUGUGUGAUUUCUGCAAGCCUGUUUGUGGGGACAUCGGCAUUUAUAUCCAGAAUGGAUACAGGCGUUUGGCUCUGAGUGAUGUGCCCUUCAAGGUUAUGUUCAAGAAGGCUUGAAGAUUUGCCCACCACAACAUCAAUAUUUGGUUGGCAGUUUAUAUGACUUCUGUGUUGAAUACUAAUUAACUAUAUAUAUGCAUGUAAUAAAUCAAGGAGUACUAUUCUCUUAUAUGUAUUUGAAUAAUAGUGGUUGCUUGUAUUCACAUAUAUAGGAAGAGUU